AACCGGGGCCGCGCCGAGGUUUGGGCACAGUCACUCCUGCAGCUCGGGACGGUGUGGAGCAGCCGCUCUGGGACACCGGGCUCUGGGGACACUGGGCUCUGGGGACACCGGGCCUGACGCUUGGGCAGCCGCCGGACUGGGGGGUCCUCAGCCAGGUGGGCAGCUCCCACCCCCCCCGGCUCCCGCCAUGAGCGGCUCUUUCGACAAGAAGCUCUCCAGCAUCCUGACCGACCUCUCGGGCUCGCUCAGCUGCCAUGCCGCCUCCAAGGACUCGCCCACCCUGCCUGAGUCCUCCGUCACCGACCUGGGCUACUACACUGGCCAGCACGACUACUACUCGGGCCAGUCCUACAGCCAGCCCGUGAGCCACUACCCGUACCACCAGUUCAACCUCAACGGCAUCGGCACCGCCGGCACCUACUCCCCCAAAUCCGACUAUUCGUACAGCCCGUCCUACCGCCAGUACGGGCACUUCAGGGACCAGCAGCUCCCGGCGCAGGACACAGUGUCGGUGAAGGAGGAGCCAGAGCCGGAGGUGCGGAUGGUCAACGGAAAACCCAAGAAGAUCCGCAAGCCCCGCACCAUCUACUCCAGCUACCAGCUGGCGGCUCUGCAACGCCGCUUCCAGAAAGCCCAGUACCUGGCGCUGCCCGAACGGGCCGAGCUGGCCGCCCAGCUGGGGCUCACCCAGACCCAGGUGAAGAUCUGGUUCCAGAACCGCCGCUCCAAGUUCAAGAAGCUGUACAAGAACGGGGAGGUGCCGCUGGAGCACAGUCCCAACAACAGCGACUCCAUGGCCUGCAACUCGCCCCCCUCCCCAGCCGUCUGGGACGGCUCCUCGCACGCCGGCACGCCGGGCCGGACGCCGCUGCCGCAGCCGCUGCCCUACAGCUCAUCCCCCGGCUUCCUGGAGGAGCACAACCCCUGGUACCACCCGCAGAGCCUCGGCGCGCCCCACGGACCCCACCAGCCGCCGGCCGCCACCAUGCACCACACCUCCCCGGGGCCCCCCAGCACCGGCGCCGUCUACUAACAGCCUGGAGUGAGACGAGGGACAGAGACACCGCGCGACGACUUUGCCUCCUCCUUGUUUUUUCCCCCUGCUUUUUGGGUUUUCUUCUUUAUUUUUGUUUUUCUUUUUUCAAAGAGAAAAGGGCAGCCCUGUACGCGCCCCCCGCUGCGUCCGUGCCUCCCCAGCUCAGCUCAGGAGCUCGGGGGCCGCGAGGGGCUGCACGCGGUCGCUCCAGCCGGGCAGGCAAGGAGAAGGUGGCAAAUUCUUCCUGUGCAUUACUAUUCCUUCCUUUUUCCACCACCCUCUAACAAAAUCGGCCCCCGAGGAGCCGCGUCCCCCGGGUCCCUCGCCAGAGCGCCGGGGCCACCGCAGCGAGCUGCCCUGGGGGUCCCCGUGCCGUGACCCACGGAGCCCCCGCAGCCGGGGGAUGGAGCCGCAGCCGCGGUGAGGAGGACGCGGCGCCGCGCUGGCCAGGAGCCCCACGCCGGGGUGCGCGUCCCCACAGCCGGGAGCCCCAUGCCGGGGUGUGCACCCCACAGCCGGGAGCCCCACGCCACACCGGGGUGCACGUCCCCACAGCCAGGGGUGUUUCGGGGCCACGGACGCUGCGCGGAGCAAAGCCGGACCCCAGCGCGGCGGGCGCGGGGCAGCCCCACCGCCACCACCCGUCCCGGUGUCAGACAACCAGGUUGUUAUUUAAAAACAAAUAAAAAGCGUGGGGGCGAAAAUAUUUUAAUAUUUAAACAGUUCAGGAAUGGCUUAAGUUAUUUCUAAAGACAAAACUCGUGCUGUGUCCGUUUUCUGGCAGUGCCUCCGUCUGUCUCCGUUAAGCUAAUGGCCAAGCAAAGUGCCUCUUUUUUAAAUAAAUCGACAACACAUUUUAAAGGAAAAGAAACCUCUUCACUAUUUUUUAAGAGAAUGAUGCUAUUUUUUUAAAAGCAGAAGAUGCAGUUUUAAGCAGUGUUCAUAUGUGUUGUACAGUCCCGAGGAUCUUAUUUAUGUUGCCUUAUAUAAAUAGGGGUGUAAGGGGGAACACAGUGUACAUAAGGUUCGUUUGUAUAAAGUUGAUCCAAACCAA